UGAGUGAGGGAGUGAGAGCUGAGCAGAGCGGACGCAGCGGCGGAGCGCAGCAGCACCGAGGACACUUUCUUUCUCCUUCACCCUGAGCAGCUGAUGUGACGCGCUGUGCUUCGUGUGCGGGCUCCAGCCUCUCAACACAAGGUCCUCACAACCACAGGAGUCUGGCUCACUUGUCAGUGAGCAGAAGCUCUAUGUGUACUGAGAGUUGAAGAAGAAGCUCCUAAGACGAGAGGUUUGGCUCAGGUGUGUCGCAUGCUACAGACCACGUCGUGAUUUCGGCCGCCUGAUUAAUCUUUCUAUCACGAUGGCUGUCAGCUCGUCGGGAUGAUUUUUGUCAACUAAGCUGGAUAAAUGCUGACCCAGCAAUCAGCCUCUACUGACAGGUGAACUAGUCGCACUCUACCAACGCCUCCCCCUCCCACCUCCCUCUUCCUCAACCUAAACCCAUCAUCCUCUGCCUCGCUGCUGCUCCUCGUGGGACCCUCACGCCGCCAUGUCUUUCUUCACCUCGCCCUUUUCCGUCCUCCUCUUCCUCCUCCUCUUCCUCCAGCAGCUGUCUUUCUGUCAGCCGGUGUCCCUGCAUAGUGACCCCAGCAGUGACCCUUACCUGAGAGCGGUGUCGCCCUCCAUGUUCCCCUUCUCCCCCUCGUCCUCCACGCCCGCCGAAGGUAACAGCACCACCUCUAACAACAAAAAGUGUGACGAUGAGACGGAGUGCAAUCCCGGCAUCCUUCUGCCCGUCUGGAUGCCCAAACGGCCGGGGCUCGGCACCCAGGUGGCCAGAGCUGUGGUCUACUUCGUAUCACUCAUGUACAUGUUCCUGGGAGUGUCCAUCAUCGCUGACCGCUUCAUGGCGUCCAUAGAGGUCAUCACAUCGCAGGAGAAGGAAGUCACCAUCACGAUGCCUAACGGGGAAACGUCAGUGGCGACCGUAAGAAUCUGGAAUGAAACUGUAUCCAAUCUGACACUCAUGGCUCUGGGCUCCAGCGCUCCAGAGAUACUGCUGUCUGUUAUUGAGGUGUGUGGUCACCAGUUCAGGGCCGGCGAGCUGGGCCCAGGAACCAUCGUCGGCAGUGCCGCCUUCAACAUGUUUGUGAUCAUCGGGAUCUGCGUGUGGGUGAUCCCCCCCAAUGAGACACGCAAGAUCAAACAUCUCAGGGUGUUCUUCAUCACCUCCUUCUGGAGCAUCUUUGCCUACAUCUGGCUCUACCUCAUCCUCUCUGUCAUGUCGCCGGGCGUCGUUGACUUGUGGGAGGCUCUGGUGACCCUGCUGUUCUUCCCAGUGUGUGUCAUCCUCGCUUGGAUUGCUGACCGCCGCCUGCUCUUCUACAAAUACAUGGGCAAGCGCUACCGCGCCGAUAAGCGCCACGGCAUUGUCGUGGAGACCGAGGGAGACCUGACACCCAACAAGGGUGACGUGGAGAUGAUCAUUGAUGGAAAGUUCCCCCCAAGAGGGGGCGCUGUGGUCCCCGCUGAGAACUGUGGAGGAACUAUGGACGGCGCUGCAGCCAAUAACGUCGGUGCAGGAGCGGGAGCCACAGCAAUGGGAGCUGGGGGCAACCUGCCCAACUCCAAUAGCAUGACAGUUAACGUAGAGAGCAGCAAGGAGCUGGAUGAGAGCCGUAAAGAGGUGAUUCGAAUCCUGAAGGAACUGAAGCAGAAAUAUCCCGACAAAGAGCUGGACCAGCUGGUGGAGCUGGCCAACUACUACGCUCUUCUGCACCAACAGAAGAGUCGGGCCUUUUACCGCAUACAGGCAACUCGUAUGAUGAUCGGAGCUGGUAAUGUCCUGAAGAAGCAUGCGGCCGACCACGCUCGCCGCACAGCUGUACCUGAUGAGGAGGCACCAGAGGAGGACGACGACCUGGCCGUGUGCAGCCGCAUCUCGUUUGAAAGUGCCCACAGUCAGUGCAUGGAGAACUGCGGCGUUCUAACGCUGGCUGUAGUUUGCCAAGGGGGUCUGGGAGAGAACACAUUCUAUGUGGACUACAGGACAGAAGACGGUUCAGCCAAUGCUGGAUCAGAUUAUGAGUACAGCGAAGGAACGCUGGUGUUUAAACCAGGAGAGACUCGUAAAGAGAUUAAGGUGGGAAUAAUCGACGAUGACAUCUUUGAAGAGGACGAGCACUUCUUUGUGCGUCUGCUGAAUCUGCGCGUUGGUGAUGCUGAAGGGAUGUUUGAGAGCGACGAAGCGGGCGCCACCCCUAAAGCUCGCCUGCUCGAGCCCCUGGUCGCCACGGUGACCAUCCUGGAUGACGACCACGCCGGCAUCUUCACGUUCAGUGAGCGCAUGAUGCGGGUGAGUGAGAGCGUGGGCACCAUGGAGGUGACGGUGGCUCGCAACUCUGGCGCCCGUGGCACUGUCAUUCUGCCGUACCACACAGAGCCGGGCACUGCCAAGGCAGGCGAGGACUACGAGGAGGCUCAUGGAGAGCUGGAGUUCACCAACGACCAGACCACUCAGACUCUUCAGGUGAGGAUAAUCGAUGAUGAAGAAUAUGAGAAACAUGAAAACUUCUUCAUUGUGUUAGAGGAGCCGCGCUGGCUGAAGAGAGGAAUUUCAGCUCUACUGCUCAACCAAGAGGGAGUGGAGGGGCAGAUGAGUGCUGAGGAGGAGGAGGCCCGCAGGAUCGCUGAGAUGGGGAAGCCCAUCCUGGGGGAGCACAGUCGCCUGGAGGUGGUCAUUGAAGAGUCAUAUGAAUUCAAGAGCACUGUUGACAAGCUCAUCAAGAAGACCAACUUGGCGCUGGUGAUCGGCACACACUCGUGGAGGGAGCAGUUUGUGGAGGCGGUCACUGUCAGUGCAGGUGAUGGUGAUGAUGAUGACGAGGAAGGUCGUGAGGAACGCCUUCCCUCCUGUUACGACUAUGUCAUGCAUUUCCUCACUGUCUUCUGGAAGGUUCUGUUUGCCUGCGUCCCGCCCACAGAGUACUGGAAUGGCUGGGCCUGUUUCAUAGUCUCCAUCAGUUCCAUCGGUUUCCUCACUGCCAUCAUUGGAGAUCUUGCGUCGCACUUUGGCUGCACCGUGGGGCUCCGGGACACUGUGACCGCUGUGGUGUUUGUGGCACUGGGAACAUCCAUUCCAGACACCUUUGCAAGCAAAGUGGCCGCCAUGCAGGACCAGCAUGCUGACGCAUCUGUGGGAAACGUCACCGGAAGCAAUGCUGUCAACGUUUUCCUCGGGAUCGGCGUGGCCUGGACUGUGGCCGCCGUCUACUGGAAAAUCAAGGGGAAGGAGUUCAAGGUCGACCCGGGAUCACUGGCUUUCUCCGUCACGCUCUUCACCAUCUUCGCUUUCAUCGCCGUGGGCGUGCUUAUGUUCAGACGCCGACCCUCCAUUGGCGGAGAGCUGGGCGGCCCGAGGGUGUCCCGUAUCCUGACCACCAUGCUGUUUUUUGGCCUGUGGUUCCUCUACAUCCUUUUCUCCAGCCUGGAGGCCUACUGCCACAUCAGUGGCUUUUAAACAGGAGAUGGCGAAAGGUUCUGGAAGAAUAUUGCACAAAAAAAAAGACACAUAUACGUUUACACUAAGUCCAUCCAACAACAUGAAACACGUGUAGGGUUCAUCUGUUUGAUAGGGCUCAUUACAGCCUGGAGAUGUCCUGCUCUUUGUUGCAGGGAUACUCAAAAACUUCAGAUACAUGUACACAUGCACGCGCGCACACACACACAAACACACUUUAUAUGUACAGAUGUAGGAAGAUCUUAACAAAUACAUGCACAACUAAUGACAAGAUAAAGGGCGAGAGGAAGUGUUUGUGAACGGCUGAGAGAGGGGUGAGACGAGAAGCUACUGGAUGAUAGAGAGACAGUGACUGUGAGGUUGCAGAGUGGAAGAGAGGCUCGGCCUCUAGAGUGAUGUAGGUUUAAUUUGGAUCCGAGCGAAGGGAACAGAAGGACAGGUCUGUUAGUGUUAAAAUGGAACAGGAACCUGUGAACACACUGAGGACAAACACCCCCGUGUACCUCCUGCCUCUCGUCUUUAUCACCACAGCACCACGUUUCCUCCCUGAGGAGGUGGAAGAAGGAGUCGAAUGUUUACAAUAACAAUAACAUUGCGUUUGCUAACUUACAUGAGAUCUUAUAAAGUGGUGAUGCUUGUCUAGUUGUACAGACGUAGACAGUUGCUGUAAAUAGUUAAAAAAAAAAAAAGUUUACAUAUAGUGUGUAGUGUUUUCAGUGGAUGAAUAGCUGUGCCUACAGCUGCGAGAAAAAAAAAAGAGGGUGGAAAUAAAUGAACCCCCUGAGAUUGAGAAGCUGCUUUCCUCUCUCAGAAUCAGAAAGAAAAAUCAACCACUAGAUUUCUGUUCCUUCUUCUCUUUUUCAAUGUUUUUUAAUGCACAGACCAGAUCACAAACAUUAGAAAGGGGAAGAAGACAGAAUGACAAACGGACUAAAAAAAUGCUAAAUGUUUUUUAAAGAGUCAAAUGUCAUUCAGAUGUGUCUCUUAGCGCUUUGUGCAUCAGACUGAAGGAUAAUCUUUUUGCAUGUGUAGGCACAUAAUAAUUCGCACAUACUGUAUACUAAAGGGAAUGAAUGACAUCCCUGCAUAAGUCUCAUUAAGAAACGAUUAGCUCGCUGUGUGUGCACACACGUGCGUAUGUGUGUGAAACCCUGGACCAAGGUCCAGUCAUCAAUCGUCACAGUGUCACAGUGCUUGUGACAGACUAAUCCAUUCAUGUGGCAUGUAUCCUGACAGACUAACCCUCUAUCUGCAGUGACGGCAGCACAAACAUGCAUGAACGGUCGAACAAGACUCAACAGUGUUAGUUUAUGUUAAGUCUCCUUAUAACCAAUGAUUAGAAUAUUGAUCAGGACACUGGAUUCUGCUUCAAAACAGCUCCCAUACAAUGCCUUAAGGAAACCUCUCAAGUAGUAUUCAAACUGUCCAGGCUGUAUUUCGUUUUAAUGUAUGUGUGUUGUAUUUCGACAAACUGUGUGACGUGACACUGGAUGUCUCUUGUCCCUUUAUGUCCUCCAGCUGUGCUCAGCAUGUUAGUUCAAACAGGAGAGACUUAAACUCAAACAUUUUAGCCGUAGCAUUGUGCAGAAAAGUAACACGAUAGUAAUUUAAUGAUAUUUGCACUUAGACCGAGGUCAAGCUAAGAGGGGAACCCGAGAAUGACGGAUUAGUGAGUCCACAAUAAUGGCAAUGAUGCUAAAACCUCCUUAAAGAUCCAGUUUGUAGACUUUGGGGAGGGUCUAUCAACACUGCACACGCUCCAUACCCACAGUGGAAAUUCCACAACAGUCCUAGCCACUGGUCCUUUAAUAAAUUUAUGAUCAAGUACAAAAGACUGCUUGAUCAGAAGCCAUCUAAGGAGACCCCGUGCCAACAGGUUGCUGCCAUAAGUGUCAUCAUUUCAAAAAGAGACAGAAGGUGUAUGCACAUGCAAUUUCAACACUGGCUGCUGGGCAGGACCAACAAAACCACAAGUAGCAAAAAAAAAUGUCUGCACACCAGUUGUUGCUCUCCAAUAAUUUCAAAAAGAGACAGUAGUGGGUGAGAUUGUGUUGUUUGAAGUAAUUAGAUUAAUUUGUAGCAGCAGAAAAAUAAGAUGAUUGUCAGUUCAUCACUAACAAGAUGUAGUUUUGCCAGAACAGCUUCUGACAACUGUUAAUACACAAAUAUAACACAAUAUCACUUUCAAUUUGUGCGUUGGUCUUAUGUAUUUCUGCAGUUGGUGGUCUAGGGCCCCACCCAGGUCCCUUUUGCCUUGGGCCCCCAAAAUUCCUUGGAUUGCCCCUGCUCUGUGCUAACACAGUAAAUUUACUGGUGCCUAAACAAACGGCAGAUCAGAGAAAACCACUGAGUCACAGCAAGACGGAUCCCAUCUGAUUUACUGUGACAUCUACACUGCGACGUUUAUGGCUGAAAAGUCAGAGCAUGAAAAAUGUCCAACUGUGCAAUAUGUUAAAUAUUAGCAGGAACCUUUUAUACACAAGGGAGAUUCAUCAUGUUGUCAUAAUCUAAUAUCCACUGCCUGACAUCAGCCACGGUAAUACAUCUUUCUUCACCCACAAAUGAAAAGUGCUAUACAAGUGGAAAUUGUUACCGUUAUUCUGCUUGAUAAUAUCAGAAAGAUUAGAGUCAUGCACCCGUAACUGACUUUUCUUUGUAGACUUUCUAAAGCCAGUUUUGUAUCUUUUCCUUACCGAUAAAGCCGGGGUACUUUUUUGUACUUCUAAACAAUGUUGUCGUAUCAGAGUCGUAUCACUGUGUUGAGUCGCUGUUGUAGAUCACAUCAUACUGAAAUUUGAUGGAUUAGAUUUUGAUAUAUUUUCCACAGAGAAAUUUCCCCUUUGAACUGCUCAAACAAUGUACUGCAUCAUAAUCUCAUCACAUUUAGCUGAAGACUGUUUGUGUCUGUGUUACUAAUGUAUAUUUCUUCUCAUGAGACUAUUUAGAUGUUUAUUUAUUUAUUCACAAGAAGAUUAUUUAUCCAAGGAUAAGCUGUCCCGCAGGUCCUUGAUGCUUUGGAGACUCAAUCAAGGAGUGUGGUUUUAACGUGCAAUACAGGCAAAAAAAAAAAGAAUCUAACACGUCUUAUGUCUUAUUUCAAUUGUGGCUUUGACAAGAGGUCAGUUAAAGGAAUAAUUUUGGGUUUUUGAAGUUGUAGCCACACUUUCAAAAAAACUUGAACCGUCCCUUUAACACGGUUAUUUUUGCUGCAGUGUUUGUUGUCACCCUCCAUCAAUGUACAUUUCUUAAUCCAGCCCUGAAGGAGGAGGGUUGAGUGUAAGUAGCAUGUUUACAUGAAGAAACAGUGUGGAACAUCGACAGUGUGAUUGUCAUUCUUGGGUUGAGCUAAAUGUGUUGUAGAUAGUGAUGGAAGUGGUGAGAUGGGUCAGUGUGAGUGAGGUCGUAAACAACAGAAGUCGACUCACUGAACCACCAAGAUUACUCAACACACACUUUGAUACACACACACACACACAUCUCUGCUGAACUCGUAUGGCAUCAGUGACUGGGUUAACAGUGAUCAGGAUGAAUCAGAUCUGAUCAUUCAGAUUCCAGCUUCAGUCCUGCAAAAAGGUGACCCAUAUAUGGCUCAGCACCCAGAAACUGUACUGUCUAUAAUGUUCCGUGUUUCCAUGAACUUCUGUACUAACUUGUCAGGCUUUGGCCUUUGCUGUUCUGUAGCUAGAUGUGAUGCCUCCCCCCAAACUAGACUCUCUCACCCCUCUGUCCUUCCCUCCCUCCCCCGUGUGUUUCUGUGUUUGCCUCCCCCCCAUAUUCCUCUGCAGAUGCAUGAUGAGUCUCUGUGUACGUGUGUUAGCAGCAUGGUCUACUGUGAUGGACACCUAUAGGCUCUUUUUAUCAGGUUGAUUCCCCCACAAUCCCAAACACUGGAGGAGCUUUAUGAAACAGAAUGAGCAGGUGGCACACAUACGCAGACACAAGUCUACAUUUACACUGAACAGAAACACACACUCUCUCUCUCUCACACACACACACACACACAAACACAAACACACACACACAGACAACAUUUAUGGAAUCAGUGUCUGCUGCGUAUUCCUUCUUACCUCGGUAAUCUGUAAUAAAGAGAGUCCACUUUGUUGUGUCAAGGCUACGUCAGGUAGUCAUUCUUUCUGUUUGUUGUACAAUAUUUCUGUGUCUGUGUUGGUGCCCCCCUCCCCCCUUCUCCUCCCUCUGCCAACUCAAGGUCUUGCUCUUCUGUGUGUCUCUUUGUGAACUUUUUCCCUGUGAUGAAGAAAAAAAAGCUUUCUGCCUGAAACUUUGUAGGGAAAUAAUGAUUGAACUUACUACAAUAUCAUGUAAUAGUCAUAAACAUUUAUUCAAUGCUGUAAUAAAUUAUUAACAGAAGAUAUAAAAGUUUUUUUUAAUGUAAUAUGGAAAAAGAACCUUAUAGAAAAAAGUAACAACUUGUUUUUGAGAACAUGGCAUGUGAUGUAAUGUGUAACUGAAAGAAAAUGAAGGUCUUUAAGCAAGUGACGUUGACCUUAUUUGAAUAUAGUUUAUUUAUUUUCAACA